UUAAUUAAAUAAAACGGGUUUGAAUCAAGAAUUUAUAUAUGACCCAAACCCGAACCCGACCCAACUUAAUCUGUUUGACGGGCUAAAAUAUCAACCCUAUAAAACAAUAUCCAUACAUCUGAGAUUCUUCCUCUCUUCUCUUCACUUCCUAUUCUCAUAACCCUUUGCUAUUCUCUCCCUCUUCCCUUAUCUUCUUCAUUCCCAAUUUUUUUUAUAGAAAUGGGUUCACCCCUUCUUCCAGAUCUUGGAACUGAGAUUUUGAUUCCCGUUUGUGCUAUAAUUGGAAUUGUUUUCUCUCUUAUCCAAUGGUAUUUGGUUUCUCAGGUUAAACUUUCCCAUGAUUCUGGGCCAAGUGGUAACAAUAAAAAUGGCUAUUCUGAGAGUUUGAUUGAAGAAGAAGAAGGUUUAAAUGACCAUAGUGUUGUUUCCAAAUGUGCUGAAAUUCAAAAUGCCAUUUCUGAAGGAGCAACCUCCUUUCUUUUCACCGAGUAUCAGUAUGUUGGUAUCUUCAUGGUUGCUUUUGCCAUGUUGAUAUUCCUUUUCCUUGGAUCCGUGGAGGGCUUCAGCACAAGUAGCCAGGAGUGCACCUAUGACAAAACCAAGACCUGCAAGCCUGCUCUUGCUACGGCUGUCUUCAGUACAGUAUCCUUCUUGCUUGGCGCUGUCACCUCUUUGGCCUCUGGCUUCCUUGGAAUGAAGAUUGCUACUUAUGCAAAUGCACGAACGACUCUAGAGGCUAGAAAGGGUGUUGGAAAAGCUUUUAUUGUAGCGUUCAGGUCUGGAGCUGUCAUGGGCUUUCUUCUUGCUGCAAAUGGUCUUUUGGUGCUUUACAUUGCCGUCCUCCUCUUCAAGCUCUACUAUGGUGAGGAUUGGGAAGGUCUUUUCGAGGCUAUCACUGGUUAUGGUCUUGGAGGAUCUUCGAUGGCUCUUUUCGGUAGAGUUGGUGGCGGUAUUUACACAAAAGCUGCUGAUGUCGGAGCUGAUCUUGUCGGCAAAGUUGAAAGGAACAUCCCAGAGGAUGACCCCAGGAAUCCAGCUGUCAUUGCUGACAAUGUAGGUGACAAUGUUGGAGAUAUUGCUGGCAUGGGUUCUGAUCUUUUUGGAUCCUACGCUGAGUCCUCUUGUGCUGCACUUGUUGUUGCAUCUAUUUCUUCAUUCGGAAUCAACCAUGAUUUUACGGCAAUGUUGUACCCGCUGUUGGUUAGCUCUGUUGGUAUUCUUGUUUGCUUGAUCACAACUUUAUUUGCUACCGACUUCUUUGAGAUUAAGGCUGUGAAAGAGAUUGAGCCAGCACUCAAGAAGCAACUGGUCAUCUCCACUGCUCUUAUGACUAUUGGAGUUGCUAUUAUUUCAUGGGUUGCCCUUCCUUCUUCCUUUACCAUUUUUGACUUUGGAACUCAGAAGGAUGUGAAGAACUGGCAAUUGUUCUUAUGUGUUGCUGUUGGCUUGUGGGCUGGGCUUAUCAUUGGAUUUGUGACUGAAUACUACACAAGCAAUGCAUACAGUCCUGUACAAGACGUUGCUGAUUCUUGCCGAACUGGGGCUGCCACAAACGUUAUUUUUGGCCUGGCCUUGGGCUACAAAUCAGUUAUCAUUCCUAUCUUCGCCAUUGCUAUAAGCAUAUUUGUCAGUUUUAGCUUUGCGGCUAUGUAUGGUAUUGCCAUGGCUGCUCUUGGUAUGCUCAGCACCAUUGCUACCGGAUUGGCUAUUGAUGCCUAUGGACCCAUCAGUGAUAAUGCUGGAGGUAUUGCCGAGAUGGCUGGUAUGAGCCACCGUAUCCGUGAGAGAACUGAUGCCCUUGAUGCUGCUGGAAACACAACCGCUGCUAUCGGGAAGGGAUUUGCUAUUGGUUCCGCAGCUCUUGUCUCUCUUGCUCUCUUUGGUGCUUUUGUGAGCCGUGCAGCUAUCUCAACCGUUGAUGUCUUGACUCCCAAAGUCUUCAUUGGUCUCCUAGUAGGAGCCAUGCUUCCUUACUGGUUCUCCGCCAUGACAAUGAAGAGCGUGGGAAGUGCAGCUUUGAAGAUGGUCGAAGAGGUCCGCAGGCAAUUCAACACCAUCCCUGGCUUGAUGGAAGGUACCACCAAGCCCGACUACGCAACCUGUGUCAAGAUCUCUACCGAUGCUUCCAUCAAGGAGAUGAUCCCUCCAGGUGCUCUUGUCAUGCUCACACCAUUGAUCGUUGGAACCUUGUUCGGUGUUGAAACUCUUUCCGGUGUUCUCGCUGGUUCUCUUGUGUCUGGUGUACAGAUUGCUAUCUCUGCAUCCAACACUGGUGGCGCUUGGGACAAUGCUAAGAAGUACAUUGAGGCCGGUGUUUCAGAACAUGCAAGGCAACUCGGGCCCAAGGGAUCGGAUGCACACAAGGCAGCCGUGAUCGGUGACACUGUUGGUGACCCUCUCAAGGACACAUCCGGACCUUCACUCAACAUCCUUAUCAAGCUUAUGGCCGUAGAGUCAUUAGUAUUCGCCCCCUUCUUCGCUACCCAUGGUGGGUUGCUAUUCAAGAUCUUCUAAAGAUGUUUGACGUAUACAGGCAACAGGAGGAAUACACGGUAUUUUCUCCCCGUUUUAUGGCCUAAAAAUUGAGUAGUUCUAAAUUUUAUCUUACAAUUUUUGAACGUCCUACAAGGCUGUGGGAAAUUGCGUUAGCAAGACACACUCUAAACCCUCUAAUGUAUCGACUAUCGAGGAGUUGGAGGCUGCUGAUGACGAUAAUUCGAGCCAGUCUUGUGUGAAAGUAGUUAUAUGCUCAAACAUUAUUCUUUCCAUUUUUCAUUUCAAGAAUGGAUCAGUAAACAUUUAAUCAUUUUGCAAAUCUUCUUAGGCUUUAUUGAUUUUUCUUUUAGGAAUUGUAUGCAUUCGCCAUUCUAUUUUUGUCAAAAGGACUUUUGUUCUCAA